AUGUUUGUUUCGACGUCAGCAAAUGCGGCUGCUGCUCGCAUUCCAAUGAUUAAAUUCGUUGGCGCACGGCUACCGAGGCCAAAUUUCUCCCGGGUAACUUCCGCUUCGGUCUCUGCGACAUCCGGCUCUCCAGUUACCUCCUCAACUAAACCAUCAUCUGGAUCGCUUGCACAUACUAGUCAUGGAUCAGUUAUCUCCGAAGAGAAUCUUCCACACCGUUUCCGUAGGGCUCCAAUCAGCCAAGAAGAAUGCGACGCCAUCAACGCUGGUGGAGCGUAUGGACUGUAA